AUGGGCGUCGAGUAUACGCUUGCAAACGAAGCGAUAAUCCACAGAAUCGGAAUAUCAUCACAAUGGGUACCAACGACAUCGCCCUCCUCUGCACAAUCUACCCAGCCUCCCAAGAAAAGCAACAACGAGCAAGUCCAUCCCCCCCCCCCAUCACCAUCCACCCAUCAACUAACAACCCCCUCCCCCAAAAAGAUCCUCUCCCUCCUCCAAAAGUCCGCCCGCGAAUACUACAGCCAGGCAUCUUCGAAAUGCACCACCUGGAGCUACUUCCUGCCCUUCCCCCCGCCCAAGAAACCCGAUACGCCCCUCCUCAUCGGCGGCCUCGAAAUCUACACGGACAAGAACGCUCUGCAGAAGCAGAUCGAUGAUCCUGUGUAUUUCCAGUCGUUUCAGGAGAUUGUUAAGAAGGAAGGGCUGUGUGUCAAGGAGGAUGAGCUGGUGGCGUGGUAUUUGACCGAGGGGUUCGUGGCGAGGGGGGAGCAUGCGAGGCCUUUUGGGGGGAAUCUGAUCAGUCUGUCGAGGUCUUUCGUUCCGUUCGUGAAGGAGAAGGAGCCUUUUGUCUUGACGUAUGCUGUCUUCACACGACCCAAGGCGCCGAAGGAACUACUCCUCUACGUGAGGUACACGGAUUCGAAGGGCAUGCAGAGUCACAGCAAGGCUCCUGAGCAUGUGGAAGUGGUGAAGGAGAUUAUGAAGCACACGGAGGGACACAUGUCCAAAUCGACGACGAUCUGGAAGGAGGUUGAUGAUAGCUUCGUUUCGACCGUCGAAGGCGGUCCUACGGACUCAUCGAAACUUUGA